AAGAGAUCAUAUUUCCCUCACCCGCGUUUUAAAUCGAAUGAUUUAAUCUGUCACCAGUACGGUGUUGAUGUGUCAAUAUUUUCUGUAUUGGUAUUUUAAAGAGCGAAAUAAUUCAUAUUUAAUCACAUCUCCUUUUAUUUUGCGCUACAAAAUUCGUCCACAACCCAAGAAUGAGUGGGAAACUAUCACUAUCGGAGUACACUAUUAAGUUGAGUUAAGUCGCAAAAAGGUUACGAAAGUACGUAACAGUUGCCACAUUUGCACAUUUUCCUCAAUGUGUUUAACAACACUACAUCUCGAUCCUGAUUGGUCAGUGGGCGGGCUGUGACGUCACAGACCAAGCACUCAGUCUCCUUGGGCUCGUGGAAAGGGGGAGACACCAGGAGAAAUGAACGUGGCUUCACAUAAAUAGUGGAUUUAACCAUAGUUUUUGCAGUAUCCAGCUGAGGAUUAGGGCUUUGAAAAGAUUACCAUCUCUGGUAUCAUGCCCCUUUUGCCUGUCAUUCGCUGUUGAGGAGCCGUUCUUCUACGUAAACGCAUCUUGGAGACACGUCAGACCAUGAACUACGUGGGUCAGUUGGCAGGACAGGUGUUUGUCCAGGUCAAAGAACUGUAUCGAGGCCUCAAUCCCGCCACCCUCUCAGGCUGCAUUGACGUCAUAGUUGUUAGGCAGCCUGAUGGAACCCUCCAGUGUUCGCCCUUCCACGUCCGCUUUGGGAAGAUGGGCGUCCUGCGAUCCCGGGAGAAAGUGGUGGACAUAGAGAUCAAUGGAGAGGCUGUGAAUCUACAUAUGAAGCUGGGGGACAAUGGAGAGGCUUUUUUUGUCCAGGAGACAGAAGAUGACCAGGAAGUGGUUCCUUCCUACCUGGCCACCUCUCCCAUCCUAUCAGACGGCGCCAUGCUGUUGAACUCCUCUCUGAUGGGGAAAAGCGCCGGAGCGACCAUACAGACUUUGGGCUCAGCGGGCACCACCGGAGAGCCCGGCAGCAGUUUGAUGAAGAAGAGAAGGAAGAGGAGGAGGAAAACCAGGCCAGACAGCAUGAAGAGAGAAGACAGCGGAGACUACUCAGCAGACGAGGACAUGUUCACGAUAGACAUCAGCUCGGAUGAAGGCGCGGAGAUGGAGGGCAGUAGGAUGUUCUCUUUGGAAGCGCAGCAAGACGGCUCAGCCAGUGGUUCAUUCCAACAGGGCGGCGUCUACACUCGCUCUGAUGGAGAGUGGAGUCCAAUACAGAGCUCAGAGAACUCCCGUCCCACCUCACCUAAAAGCGACUCUGAACUCAUGAUGAAGCCAACUGAAUCUGAUGAUCCAGCGAUGCACUGGGCUUGGGGCGAACUUCCUCAGGCCGCCAUUCCGUCCUUUCCUUCGGUGAAACCCGACUCUUCCCAAGUCUCCAUCCCAGUGUCGGAGAGCACACACUUCCGAGUCAUUUCUCACGAGAGCCGCUCCGACCACAGCGGAGGCUGCACUGAAAUGUCCACCAUGCGAAUGCUGGACACCACGGUGGAGUCCAUCGGUAUGGAGUCCAUGACCAUAACCUCCGAGACACGGGUGACGACGGUCUCAGGUGGCGCCGCUUGCAUGGUGUCAGAUACCGAGGAGACUCGCGCCGCAAAGAGCGACUCUCCUUCCAAGAAAAAAGAUAAAAGAAGCCGCCAUCUUGGUUCGGAUGGAAUCUAUCUUGAUGACAUCACAGGUCUGGAGCCAGAGGUUGCAGCCUUGUACUUCCCAAAGAGCGAUGGAAGUGCAGCACUUAGAAGCCUCUCGGACGCAGGACUCCACGGCGCGAGCCUGUCCCCGCAGUCGGUCAGCUCUGGAGGAGACAGUGGAGUGGACAGCUUCUCAGACCAAAUGACUGACCUGCCAUCCAUUGCUAUCUCUCUGUGUGGAGGGCUUUCCGACAACAGGGAGAUCACCAACGAACAGUUCCAUGAGAAGAUCAUCUCAUACCAGCAGUUCGUGGAAAACCCCUCAAUCAUUGAUGACCCUAACUUGGUGGUGAAAAUCGGCUCCAAGUACUAUAACUGGAGCACUGCUGCUCCCCUCAUGCUGGCCAUGCAAGCCUUCCAGAAACCUCUGCCAAAGGCUGCAGUUGAGAACAUCAUGAAGGAGAAGAUGCCCAGAAAGGGAGGGAGAUGGUGGUUCUCCUGGAGAGGCAGGAACAGCGGCUCCAAAUCGGACUCCGUCUCUGGCCCUUCUGAGGAAGUCGGAGCCUUGACAAGCAGACUAAAAGAUGAGUCGUCCUCAAGUGAUGAAGAUCACCGUUCAGCCUCGCAAACUGUCCAGUCAGAGCCAGGCUUCGCUACAGGGGGCGUGUCCUACAAGAAGACCCUGCGACUCACAUCAGAGCAGCUGGUUUCCCUGCAGCUGCAGGACGGUCCAAAUGACAUUGUGUUCAGUGUGACCACUCAGUACCAGGGAACCUGCCGAUGCCAGGGCACCAUUUAUCUGUGGAACUGGGACGACAAGAUCAUCAUCUCUGACAUCGAUGGAACCAUCACCAGGUCAGACACCCUCGGUCACAUUCUGCCCACCCUGGGGAAGGACUGGACCCACCAAGGAAUUGCACAGCUCUACCACAAAGUCAGCCAAAACGGCUACAAGUUCCUGUACUGCUCUGCCAGAGCCAUCGGUAUGGCAGACAUGACCCGGGGUUACCUCCACUGGGUCAACGAGAGAGGAACCAUGCUGCCUGUAGGACCAGUGCUGCUGAGUCCCAGCAGUCUCUUCUCAGCUCUGCACAGGGAGGUUAUCGAGAAGAAGCCAGAGAAGUUCAAGGUGGAGUGUCUGAACGAUAUCAAGAAUCUCUUCUACCCCAACACUGAGCCUUUCUAUGCAGCAUUUGGAAACAGACCAACGGAUGUCUACUCCUACAAAGAAGUUGGGGUGCCGCUGAACCGGAUCUUCACAGUGAACCCUAAAGGAGAGCUGGUGCAGGAACAUGCCAAGACCAACAUCUCAUCGUACGUCAGACUGGGUGAGGUGGUGGACCAUGUGUUCCCUCUGAAGAUGCGCUCCUCUUCCUCCGACUUCCCCUGCUCUGAUACCUUCAGCCACUUCACAUACUGGAGGGAGCAGCUCCCCCAAGUGGAGCAUCAGGGAACUCCACUUCCACACACCUCUACCUCCAGCAGCUAGGACUGUUUAAUGGCGGCUUGCAUUUGAAUGUGGUAUUUGAGAUCCGUGUGACCAGUAGAGCCCUCGAUGCUGUACAGGUCCGGAUGAGCACAAGCUGGCGCUAGCCUUUUUCGACUGUAUGUAUGCGAGUAAGAAUGUGGCGAGGCAGCUUAGUGCACGUGUGAGCACAUUGUUCUUGACAAUAUAUGACAAUUUAACAACUAAGAAAUGCAAUUUGUGCCAAGUCAUCGUUGUAGAGUUUAUUUUCAUACAGUGUUUAUAGGAAGUCAGCCAACUAUUACUCAGCAAUAUGUAAAAUUAGUGCAAUGGUUCACAUGAAUGUUUGUGUCAAAUAUAAUACGAGAUAUUUUUACUGGUGUGUUUUCAGAAAUGUCUGAUAAGAACUGUAUUUAUUGACAGAGAAAAUUCAGAAAACACGACCAGAAAAAUCCUUUAAAAUCACUCUUUUCUGUAUCUGAAUGAUUUAUUUUUUUACAAUUACACAUCGCUAGAUAUGUUGUUGACAGCUGCCUUCUAAUUUAUUCAUAUACAGUAAACAGUAUUUCUAAAACAUAUACCUCAUAGACAGUGACUGAUAAAACUACAAACUAUUUCACGUAUACACAUGUAUUCAUGCAUCAGUCGGAUCUUUUCUCUACUCACAGAUGAAAGGCAUUGCAGUGUUGACAGAGAACUAGGGGGCAAUGUGUUUUAGCAGCACCUCAUACCAUGCUGGCCUUUGAAAUGUGUAUUAUCCUUCCAGUAUUUGUAAUUCUUUCUAUGAAAGAGGUGAAGAGUUUCUUUUUAUUUGUCAAAUCACAUCCACUUUUACUCCCUUUUGGUCGACCUGUUCACUGUAAUUUAAAUAAAAAUGCCUUGCUAUUAAAUUGUCUACUGUUACGUUUUUUAUGCUGUGUAAAGGUUUU